GCGAUGUGCAUGGAGAGCAUGCUGUAAUUCGCCAAAUUAGUGUGUGUCUAUGAAUGUGCGAUCACUUUUUCGUAUGUUAAUCUCUUCGUCUGAGCUCUUUCCUUAUAAACCAGUGAGAGUCAGGGCCAUGUGUAAAGAGCUGAAGACCUCGGUGUUGCGGUUGUUACCGCUGGCGCAGAACAGAGACACAGCAGAUGAAGCACAAAUUCUUCAAUCUACACUAAAGGCUCUAAAAGAAGGCCAGGUCAUCGCUGUUCCCACUGACACAAUCUAUGGCCUGGCUUGCUUGGCUCAGAAUUCAGAAGCCAUCAAAAGGGUGUAUGAUAUCAAGGGAAGAAAUGGCGACAAGCCUUUAGCUAUUUGUGUUGGAGAAAUACAAGACAUCUACAAAUAUUGCAAAGUUACUGUAAAAGAAGAGCUUCUGAAAGAUCUUCUUCCUGGGCCAGUCACUCUGGUACUUGAAAGGUCUGAAGAACUGAAUACAGAUCUCAAUCCAUUUACUAGGCUUGUAGGUGUCCGCAUCCCAGACCACCCCUUCAUAAGCCGCUUGUGUCAGAUGUGUGAUGAGCCGCUUGCUCUAACAAGUGCUAAUAUCAGCGCACAGUCCAGCACUCUUGCAGUUCAUGAGUUUGAGGAGCUGUGGCCAAGCCUAGCCCUUGUGGUGGAUGGUGGCCCAAUAGGUGAUCAUAGUCGACUGGGCUCAACAGUUGUGGACCUCUCAGUACCUGGCAGAUAUCGCAUUAUUAGACCUGGCUGUGCAUGUUCAGCCACAGUUGCUAUACUUGCGAAGAAAUAUGAUUUAUUGAAGGAUUCUUCCAGUUAAUGAACCUUUAGCUCUCUACUGUUAUCCUGCUAAAGUGCACAAACCAGGAACCGGUUGACAACCAUCUGGAUUUUAACUUGGACCGAGAAGCCACUACAAAGUAGCUACAGAUGUGUCUGGAAAUGGGUAGUUUCAAAUGUAUAUUUGUCCUAAGCUUUUUUUGUAUGACUUUAGGGUUAUCAUAAAAGGUUCUUUUUUUUAUCACUUUUUUUUUUAAAAUAAUUAACAUUUACAUCACAAUGCAGACUUUACUUCAGUGGUCAGCAGUAAUGAUGUACAAGAUCUUGAUAUGCAAGAUGUUUUUUCUUACAACAAAUUAGGAUUAUAGAUUAGUCCCAUAUUGGGAUUGUUCUUUUAGAUAAGAAAAUAUACUGUGCCUCAUUAAAUAAUCAGGUAAAGAUUUAACAGUGAGUGCUUACUUAAAAAUCAGCAAAUGUUUUAAGAUCUUUUCCUUUUGGUUUAAACCUGGUUAUGUGAACUUUUAUUUAUUAUUAUUGGUUGCUUAAUGGAUCUUAUAUCUUUAUGUAGCCAACAUUGAACUAAGUUACAUUGAGGACCAACAAUGAUUCAGUAAUAUUGUGCAUAAUACUGAACUUUAUCUUCAGUGCCAUUUCACCCAGAAACUGAACUAAAAUUAAAUCAUCUUUUAUUUAAA